AUCUUACAUUCUUCAACACCGCCAGUAAAAAAAAAAACCUCUACCUUUCGGUCUUACACUACCACACACGUCGCAAUCAUGGGUAACGGUGCCAAGGCUCAGCAGAAGCGCGAGCGCGCUCAGAAGGAGGGCAAGACUGCCAAGUCCCAGCUCAAGGUGAACAAGCAGGCUUGCGACAUCCAGUGCCAGGUCUGCAAGUCUACCUUCCUCAAGACCACCAAGGGUCCCGCUCUCGCCGAGCACGCCGAGAACAAGCACAGCAAGACGCUGACCGAGUGCUUCCCUACCUAUGAGCAGUAA